GGUUUGAAAAAAAAAAAGAAGAAAUUUCUUCUUUACUUAUAGAUAUGUUUUAUAAACUGUUCUGAUACAGUACUGCAAUAUCACACAUCCGAAGAAAAUUAACUAUGAAGUAUUGUCACUAUAUCAUGUUGCUCUCAAUUGUGCAGAUUUGUUCAAGUUGCAUUUUGGAAGAAAAAAGGGCUCUCUUGGAUUUCAAAGCUUCCAUCAAUGAGACCAAAUAUCUUCAUCUUGUUCUUCCUUCUUGGAUUGAUCAUCAUCAGCAACUUCAAGUUGGAGAUUGUUGCAAUUGGGAAGGGGUCAAAUGUAGUAAUGCAACUGGAAGAAUUGUUGAACUCCAACUUCCUUUUCUUGAUCAGCACAUUCAUAACUUGCACUAUGAAUAUGAGUGUAAAUGGUUCCUGAACUUGAGCAGUUUCUUGCCUCUCAAGAACCUCCAAGUUUUGAACUUAAGCCAUAAUGAAUUUGGAAAAAAUGGUUUUGAUUGCGAAGGAAUGGGUAGCUUCAAAGACCUCAAUCACUUGAAUCUGGAUUGGAACUACUUCGACAAUGGAAUUCUUCAUUGCAUAAAGGCCAUUUCUUCCCUUCAAAGAUUGUCACUUUCCGGAAAUGAGCUGAAAGGAUUGUCUCCUUUAAAAGGUAAUUUCUUAGUUCCCGAUUAAAAACUUCAUUAGAUUAGUACAGUUUCUUUUACGUAGUCAAUAAACAUACGUAGUUGCUGAUUUGUUCUUGAUACUCCUUCUGUCCUAAAAAAAUAAAAAAUAAAAAAAUAUAGUUCAUACUGAGUUUUGAGUUUCAUAUUGAUUUUAGUACAAAUUUCAAAAAUCAAUGUAAAUUAUUUUUUAGGAACAGAGAUAGUAUAAAAUAUAUUUCGUUAACUCAGAGAAUCUGUUUUUGGGAGUACUAUAUAUAUUUUGACUUACAAAAAUCUUUGCCUUGACUGAAUCCUGUUUAUGGGAAUUAAAUGCAGAAAUAUGUGACAUCAAAAAUCUCGUUGAACUGCACUUGUGGUGGAAUGAGUUAAGUGGCAAUAUUCCGCUAUGUCUAAGCAAUUUGAGGUCUCUCAAAGUUCUUGAUAUCUCGAAGAAUAAUUUUAGUGGGAGCAUAGUAACCCCUCUAGUGAUCAUCAUGAACCUCAGAAACCUUGAGUACCUUUCUCUUUAUGGCAACUAUUUUGAAGGCUCAUUCCCUUUAAGACUUCUUUCCAACCAUUCAAAACUUGAGGUACUUGAACUAGGCCCCUCAAGAAGUGCUUUAUAUGUUGAUUUUAGAGGUCUUGCUCUACCACCUCCUUUUCAAUUAAGAGCUCUUCGUUUGGCUCGAUGCAACUUGCACAACCAGACUCGAAUGCUCCUCGAUUUUUUGUUCUACCAGAAAGAACUUAGAAUCCUGGAUCUCUGUUCCAAUGAUUUAUUUGGAAAGUUUCCAAAUUGGAUACUUGAAAACAACACCCGCAUAGAAGUUUUUAAAGCCGCGAAUAACUCUUUCACGGGCUCAUUUUUGUCUGGUAUUACAACAAAAAUGCAAAAUCUCCGGAUGUUAGACGUCGCAUAUAAUGAAAUUAAGGGUGAAAUCCCUCGGGAUAUUGGCUCAUUCUUCCCAACUUUGAAGUACUUGAAUUUGUCAAAAAAUGAUUUCCAAGGAAGCAUACCGGAAUCCAUUGGCGACUUGAAAGAGAUACAUUCUAUAGGUUUGUCAAACAAUAAUUUUUCAGGGGAAGUGCCAAAUCAAAUUGGAAUCGGGUGCGUCUCUCUUACUUAUUUGUAUUUAUCAAAUAAUAGCUUGCGAGGCUAUUUUCCGUCAAGUUUGGCUAACUUAAUUCAUCUGAGAGUUCUUCGCUUGAAUGACAACCAUUUUUCUGGAAGCAUUCCGCCUGUUUCAUUUAACAGCCCUUACCUUCAAUGGUUGGAUAUGUCGAGCAAUGGAUUUCAAGGGGAUAUUCCAAGUUGGAUUGGAAGUUUGUCAUGGUUACAGGUUCUUGACCUAUCACAUAACCGACUAGAAGAUAAUAUACCUGAUGAUAUCUGCAGGCUGAGGUCUCUUGAAUUUUUAAACCUCUCUGAAAAUUCGCUCAAUGGAUCUAUUCCCCCGUGCAACAGUUUCAGUUCAUUGAAGUUCCUCCAUUUGCAAGGGAAUCAAAUCACAGGUUUAAUACCCGACACUUUGAUAGAAAAUUCGCGUGACUUGAGAAGUAUAGAUUUUAGGCGCAAUCGCUUAGCCGGCGCCAUUCCAUACAGUGUUAGGACACUUGGCCAACUUAGAUUUCUUCUCUUGGGAGGAAACAAUCUUCAAGGUGAGAUUCCUACUUACAUAUGCCAUCUCAAGGAAUUAAAGAUUUUGGAUCUUUCGCGAAAUAAAUUUUCAGGCCAAAUCCCUUCAUGCCUAAGUAAUAUCUCUUUUGGAGUCAAUUUUGAUCCUUUUGAUGAAACUUGGAAUACUCAUAAACAAUCCUAUGGAACGGAGGUGCAUAUAUAUAUGAACAACACUUUGUUCCCCCAAGAUAUGAUUGAUAUUAUGGGAUCAUAUGGGACACAAUAUUUUGUGAUUUUUCAAGUGCUAGAAACAGUGGAGUUCACAUCAAAAAGUAUGGACAAUGCCUACACAGGCAACAUCUUAAAUUAUAUGUCUGGACUUGAUUUGUCAUGCAAUCAAUUAACCGGAGAAAUACCAUCUCAGUUGGGUGAUCUAUCCGAAAUUCGAGCAAUUAACUUGUCCCACAAUCACUUGCAAGGGUCUAUUCCGUCAAGCCUCUCUAUGCUCAAGUUUAUAGAGAGUUUAGACCUUUCAUUCAACAGUCUCAUUGGUCAAGUACCUAAUGAACUUGCAAAUCUGAAUUUCUUGUCCAUUUUCAAUGUAUCUUACAACAAUUUGUCAGGCAAAACACCAGAAACUGGACAGUUCGCAAACUUUGAUGAGUGUAACUAUAGAGGAAACCCGAAUCUUUGUGGAUUACUUUUCCAAAGACGAUGUGAAAGCGGUUCAAACACAAAAGAAUAUCCUUUGAGUUCUAUUGGUGGUGAAGAGAAUAAUGAUGGGAUUGACAUGGUGGCAUUUUUUUGGAGCUUUUUUUCAUCAUUUAUUACUGUUUUAGCAACUUUAGCAAUCACUUUAUAUCUUAGCCCCAAUUAUCGAGCAACAUUGUCUGUUCUUAUAGAUAUAUGGAUUCUAAUAAGAUUCUACCACUGGUAUGAAUCUCGUAGACAUUCCCGUUGAUUAAAGAAUUUAUGAAUCCUUGGCUAGGGUUAUAUACUCUUGUGAUAUUAUAAAUUAUUCUCCAC